AAACAAUUCAAGUAAGAUUAUAUAAAUGUGCAACAAUGUCUGUUGAGAGAAAGGAUAUGGUGCAUGCGCCCGUGGAAUUCAAAAUGUGCAUUAUAAGCCUGAUUUCCAUUUAAGAAAUAGAAAACAUUUUCCGUGUUUCUAUAGAGUUAUAGAAACACGCGUGAAAGUACGUUUGGGAGAAACGAGAAAUUGCGUGGGAACACGACAUGAAGUGCGAGUGUUUCCACGCAAUUUCGAGUUUCUUCCAAACUUUCACAAGUCAAAUAAUUCAUGUAAGACUAUAUAAGUGUGCGACAAUGUCUGUUGAUUGAAAUGCCCCGGAAUGUGCAUUUGAGCGUACUCGACUAAAUGAGCACGUACAUUGCCAGCUUGUUUACGCGUGAUAUUUUUCGGCGGCAGUGUCAUAGUGGAUACCGUCCCGCAGGCCGUAGAAAGAGGGCCUCCCCGGACGCUAUUUGCUUUCGGAUUGUUUCUUCCCAUGACUUAUAUAGAUCAGACGUUAUCCUCGCGACUCGCGCGGGGAGUCGCCAUCUCAAAUUCGUGCAUAAUCAAUGAGCGGUAAACCAAGCAAGCUGCUCCAUUUUGAAGCUUUCCAAGCAAGCGCGACAAAAAGACGUGGAUGUGGUAAGAAACUGGGGCAUAGGUGUGACGUCACCGCUAAAGGUGCUUCCGAACGCCUAGCAGAUUUCAGUAUUUUUAAUAUGGCGGAAAAUUUAUAUAUACAAAUAACCUUGUAAAUACGACAAUGUUCGUUGAUCAUGUUCGAUGUCUUUACAUAACCAAAUUCAAAGUGUAUUAAAAAUGUGCUCAAUUAAAAAAAUAUAUAGACAAAUAGGAGACGCGCCAUAAUUAUCAAGCUUCUAGAGAGCAUUUAAUAUGGCUUUAUAUUUUAGUAAACACGAGUCAUAUUUUCUAUUUACAAAUGCGGUAUGCUUGGUAACCACGCCAGGGACCACUUUUUUGAAACCAGGGACCAUUUUACCGAAAUCUGCUAGGCUCUCUCGCCGAAGCGUUCCGCACAGCACACCCAGGCAUAAAACUUUUAAGACUUAUUUAAAUAUAUCAAAGAAGCGAAUAGAGAGAGAGCCUGUGAUUAGGCUGGGAUUUACAUUCCCUUUCAGAACAAUGAAAGUCGAGGCAUGGUAUUAGUUCAGUAAUCGGCUUCGCCUCGGACUGAACUAAUUGCGCAGACAUGGAUAUCCGGUAAAGUCCUCUUAGUCGAAUUUAAUAUAUUAUAAUCUUCAUGGCCCGGUAAAAAUCUUGAAAGAAGCCGCGGGAAGUUGUUCUUCAGUUUUUAUCCACAAAAAAACGCCGUUUUUUUCUCAAUUCAAUUCAAUAACAUGUUGCUAACCAGUUUUAACUGAUCGUUUAAUGUGUUUUCACGUAUUUCACGUUCAGUAUUGCCUUUUGUAAUCGGCUCAAAGUUUGGAACAACAGUGUCGCGGACUAAAAUGGUUUUUCAUUUAUUGCUGUCUUCAAGGCACUAUCGAACUGCAUGUCACCGAAACUUAUGACGUCUGGAACAAACUUAUAUACCAACCUUCUAUAAAUUUUAUAUACUGUAUUUUCUUGUCGCCCUUACUGGACUUUCACCAGUUUCUCCUACAGUCUGCUUCACCAUAAUAUAUGUACAAUUAUAGAAUAUUUUACCGCUUCUCAUGGAAUUAAUGAAUUCCACUUGGAAUUUAAGGUGCCACAAGAGGAAAUAUUUAACCCGCCAGACUUUGACCAUAGCCUAUCGAAGGGAAGAUGGCUGUGAAACUCAUUAGAAUAACAAUAUUUAACAAUUAUUGAAUGAGGUUGAGCACGAUAUGAAGAAUUAUCAAGCCAGAAGUUCGCAGUUAUCAACCGAAGCCGAAGGCUGAGGUUGAUAACGGGAAACUGAGGGCUUGAUAAUUCUUCAUAUUGUGCGAAGACCGAAUUCAAUAAUUGUUUUAUUAUUUAUUUAAAAAAUUCAAAACAAACGGUCAUCCAUUUGUUCGCCCUUUUGUAGUUUAUUUGUAUUAAGAAAAAGACAAUUCCUUAGUCAUUCGGCAGCCGUCGUCGUCGUCGUCAUAUCAAUGGCGUCAGCGUGUCAAUAUGAUUAUCGUCGUCAUAAUAAUAUGGCGCAAAGGCGUCCAAAUUUUUUUCAUAUUGACUCGUUGACGUCAUUUUGCUAAUAUGAAUGUGAAAAAUCCAUAUUUGGUUGGCCAUUGAGUUGAUAUGACAAUUUCACAGUCGGCUGUUAGCCAAUCAGAAACUAGGAAUUUUUUAAAUAAAUAAUAAAACUCAUUAUCUAUGUUAGUCAACGUUUAUUCAUAAAUCUGGUCGUUUCACCGUCACGUGUGUAUUGUAUUUUUAACAAAUCCACCAAUAGCAAUCUUCAGUUUCCCUAUUGUUCGAGUCACAGAUAGGUGACUUCCCUAAAACAUUGCUAUUGGUAAGUUGGGCAAGAAUACAAUACACACGUGACGGUGAAGAACCAGAUUUAUCAAUAAACGUUGACCAACAUAGAUAAUGAGUUAUAUUGUUAUUCUAAUGAGUUUCACAGCCAUCUUUCCUUUGAUAGGCUAUGCUUUGACAAAAUACAAAAACAUGAAUAUAAUUAUGAAUAUUUUGGAAUUGACUUGUUUUCAGUAACUUUGCUUCUGAGGGCUUGGGUUUGACUUUUUUAGUUGUUAUUAAUGCAAAAAAUUAAUUUGAAACAUUUUAUAGUAAACUCCACCAACCUCGUUCAACGACAAAAUGUUCCGUGGAUGAGCAGCUUGAUCCUUGUAAUAAUUGUAUCAAGAUCAUCAAUAACGUUCCUGGCAGGCGUGGCCUACCCACUGGCUAGUCUGGCGACGAUAACCUAUCUCGGUAAUGAGAGGGUGAGAUAUGGAGCUUAUUACAUGUGGACAAAUGUUGGAACAUCCACUUUAAUUGUCGCUUCUGCUAUGAUUGCUUGGAGAGUAAGAAUAAAAAUAUGCGGCGUUGAUGGAUACGGCUACUUUGCAAGUUUUCUCAUAGCAUCAUUUUUCUUCUUCUCGUCGUUGCUGUCCCUCCCAUUUUUCAAAUUCAAAUACGAAACUGAUCGCACCCUUAACUGGAUGGAAAUUAAAAGUGUUGUGCUUAACGGUCACUAUAUUUACAUGUAUAUAUUGACAUUUCAUCUUGGAGCAUGUGUUGCGUUUCAGAUUUUCUGGGAAUUUUGGUAUUUGGACGGACUUCAGGCCAGUCCUUUAGUUAUGGGCGCGGCCGCACUGAUUCGAAGACCACUUUUGGCGGCGUUUAUAUUCACCUCGUGUUACGUGAUAGAGAGAAUUGGUGAAUUAAACACUGUAUGUAUAUCGUUUCUUCUAUUUACAGUGGCGUUCUUUGCUUUAUCCUUCUCGCGAGUAUAUUGGUAUGUUCUCGCCGUAGAUACGCUUCAUAGUGCAGGUUAUGGACUGGCCAAAAGUGCAUUGACGGUGCAUUUCUCUAAAGCAGGAUCAAAAGCAAGUUCAGGUGUAAUACUUGGUAAGUUUUGCAGGAUUUUUUGACUUAAGGUGGCUCGAUCUAUUAAUCCACACAAAAUUCCUUAUAUACAAGAAUUGCGAAUACAAAACGUUAUGCUAUAUGAACAAUUCCACGCGACCAUUCGUGUCCGCGGGAAUGUUAAUUUAAAGACAGGACCAACUCACUUAAAUUAAAUUAAAUACUCACUUAAUUUAAAGACAGGACCUACUCAGGACUUGCUCACGCCAUUUCGUGCCCUUAUAUGACGUUAUUAUUAAAAAACAGUACGCUAUAUCUCAUUUUAGCCGCUGACUUGUGUUGAAAUUUGCACACUGUAUUAUACGCGAAAGUUUUUCAUUAUACCAAAAUUUAAAAAAUCUGUAAUGCCAAAACAAUUUUAUCGAAGAAAAGGACAUCUUUGCGUUUAAAAAUGAAUAGGACACUGUGCUCCUUUUCCAACUACACAGAGCAAUAGGCUGUUUUAGAGUGAAUUUCGUAUGCGUGUUUUUCCAUAGCAACGAACUGUGUGUUGCCAAAACAGACAUAAUUUGAAAGAAGAAAUAUUAAAAUAGAUGAACAUCCUGAAAUCUGCAGCGUAAAACCUAAAAAUACUACGUUUUGAAAAUGUCAUUCAAGUUUUGGGAAACUAUAUCGAACCUCCCUAAAGAAAAAUAAGCGAACCUUGCAGUAUAGUUUCUAUGAACAAGUUUGAAACUUUACUUUUAAUAAAUAUCGCAGUUUAGUGCUGUUUAUAAUGGCCGCAGGAAAAGUAUGACGUCAUCAGUUCGGAAAAAAAUCGUAUUUGCGUUUAGGUUUGGGCAGUGCACAAUUAAAGCUACGUUUACACGCUGCGAUUUGUCGGGCCGAUUUUGAAAAAAAAUCGAUGUCCCUUCUUCGACAUUUAGCGAUUUAAACGUUCAAUUGAAGCUGUCCGCUCUCUCGUCUGUUCAUAUUAUAGUUUUCUGCGUGCGAAAAGUUUUCAACAACUUUACAACGGAAGAAAAAUCGUUGAAUCGUGAGAAAAUCUGUGGUUUUGUUACAGAUUUUUCUCCCGAUUUUGUGAAUCGCAAUGUGCUGACGCGAGUACUCACGACAGGUUGUUUACAUACAGCGAGCAAAAUCGGCCCGACAAAUCGCAGCGUGUAAACGUACCUUAAGACCAUCUGACGACAACUUUUUCUAUUUGCAGGACUUGAUUCCAUGUUCUUUUUUCUUGGAAUGGACUGUGGUGCAACGUUUUUUGGAUUACUUUUUCACGCAAUUGGGGUACGCAGCACACUUAUCCUUUAUGCCGGUAUGACUGCCAUUAUGCUCGCCAUAUUUCUGUGUUAUCUUAAAUUUUCAAAACAUAUCAAUGAGUACGAGAAGUUACCUGUAGACAGUGAUGAUGAUGUUGAUGAUAGCGAUGCUAAUGAUGAUAACAAACACAUUAAUAACUUGAAGUAAUUAAUAUUUUUAAAACAUAAGAAUAAACUAGCCUAUAAACCAAUUAUUAUUUAUAUGUUGUGGAAAUACGAAUACGAAAUGUGGAAACACACACGACCAAAACAAUAUAAUGUGGUUGAGCCUUCGGCCGUGUUCGCAAGUUUGAAGGAAACAAAUUUUACAGUCGAAUCCGUUGUUCCAUUGCCGGCAACAUUGCAAUAUUGUCACGCAAUAUUGCAAUAUUCAUCGGUCGAUUGCUCUAGCAAAUUGCAACCAACGCGAACAAAUUUCAAUUUUUACAUACAGUUGCAAUUAUUGGGCGUGUUGACAAUUUGUCGAGAGGUUGUGCCGAUAUGUCAGAUGCCAAGCAUUUGAUUGGCUUGUUUUGUACUAGCACCCGAUCGGGCUUUAUUUACAAACUUGCUUCCAAAUCAUAUAUGAACUUUUGAAUUUUGCAUUUGAUGGUUUAAUACUGUUAUUGCACGUAAAAAUUGCAAUUUGUUCGCGUCGGUUACACUUUGCUAGAGCAACCAGCUGAUCAAUAUUGCGUGACAAUAUUGUAAUGUUGCCCGCAACGGAAUACAGG